CUGCAUCCCUAAUCAAACUGUAGAUUCUGCCAAAAUGGAUCUGUUAAUUCUAUUGUGGUUGGUGAUUAGUGUGAUAUCGACUGUUAUUCUCUUCUUUAAAAAGAAAUAUUCAUAUUGGAAAGAACGUGGAAUAGAAUAUGUGGAGCCCUCAUUUCCUUUGGGAAACUUGUCAUUUGGCGGAAAUCAGCUACUUGAUUUCAUUCAGAAUAUGUACAACCAUAAGCAAAGGGGUCCACUUAUUGGAGCGUAUAUUAUCUGGAAUCCAGUCGCGGUACCCACCGAUCUGGAUCUUAUUCAGAAAAUUUUAGUGAAGGAUUUUAAUAGUUUCCAUGCACGUGGGAUGUAUGUCAAUGCAGAGGACGAUCCCUUGUCCGCCAAUAUGUUUUCUUUGGAUGGCGAGAAGUGGAAAUUCAUACGAUCCAAAUUAUCGCCAACUUUCACAUCCGGAAAAAUGAAAUUCAUGCUCCCAACAGUUGUGGAUGUAGCGGAACGAUUCAAUGAAAUUCUUGGAGACAUUGUGAAGACGCAAUCAGUGUUAGAAAUUAAAGACCUUUUGGCCAGAUUCACCACCGACGUUAUUGGAUCUUGUGCUUUUGGUGUUGAAUGCAAUAGUCUAAAGGAUCCCAAUGCCAUUUUUCGUUACUAUGGGAAGAAGGUUAUAGAUGAGCCUCAUUCUAGCCCACUUAUGCAGAUUUUAGCAGCGCACUAUCCAGAUUUAGCGCGAAAAUUUCACGUUCGGAUUACAGCAAAGGAUGUGGAACAAUUUUUUAUUGAAACGGUACGAAAAACAGUUGAAUAUCGUGAGAGAAAUAAUAUUCGACGCAAUGAUUUCUUGGAUUUAUUAAUUCAAAUGAAUAAAGAUGAAGAUAAGAAUGAUGGACAUUCUAAGAAGCUAGAGAAGCUUAGUUUAAAUGUCCUGGCCGCACAAGCCUUUUUAUUCUUUCUCGCUGGCUUCGAAACUUCAUCCACUACCAUGAUGUAUUCUUUAUAUGAAUUAGCCUUGAAUUCUGAUAUUCAAAAUAAGGCAAGACGAGAGAUAAACGCUGUUUUAGCGAAUCAUGAUGGCAAAUUGUCGUACGAAGCAAUGCAAGAAAUGAUAUAUAUUGAACAAAUAAUAAACGAGGCGCUGCGAAAAUAUCCACCUGUCACAUUCCUGAUAAGGAAGACUGCCCGUGAUUAUCAACUACCUCAUUCGAAAGCAGUGAUCGAAAAAGGAACGGAGAUAUUUAUUCCUGCAUAUGGAGUACAUCAUGACCCUGAAAUAUACCCAAAUCCUGAAAUAUUUGAUCCUGAGCGAUUCUCAGCGGAUGAAGUGAAACGCCGUCAUCCAAUGUCAUUUCUAGCUUUCGGUGAUGGACCCAGGAACUGUGUUGGAUUACGUUUUGGAAAAAUGCAAGCAAAAGUUGGUUUGAUAGCUUUGAUAAAAAAUUAUCAGUUUGCACCUUGCUCCAAAACUUCUAUUCGCCUAACUUUUGAUCCUCUGAAGGCAGCAUUAACCCCAAAAGGGGGAAUGUUUUUAGACGUUCAAAAAGUUGACAGGAAAAUUAUAUAAUAUGUAUUGUGGAAAACAGUUUGUGCUUUAUGAUCUAUAUCUUAUAAAGAAGAAAGUAA